AGAGGCGCCGUGGCCAUCAGCUGACAGUCAGCACUCGGCAAAAUGAUGGCUGAUUCUGGAACCGAGGAAAUAGCGGUGAUCGGGAAUAUCGACAUCACAUCUUCUGAACUAGAAAACAACAUUAGAAAUACGAUGGUCGAGAAAGGGACCGCUCUGCUCAGGAAGAUGGAGAUAUCAGUUGCAGAGGCAGACAAAAGAACGGGGAAGAAUGCUGUCAACAUUCAGGAGACGUACACAGUUUACCUCAUUGAAACAAGGCCAGUGGAUACUGUGGCUGAAGGCACAAGCCCUGCACCUGACUCUGUGUGGAGGAGAUACAGCGAGUUUGAACUCCUGAGGAAUUAUCUUCUGGUGGCUUAUCCCUUCAUCGUUGUCCCACCGUUACCAGAGAAGAGGGCAGAGUUUGUAUGGCACAAAUUGUCAGCUGAUAACCUGGACCCUGACUUUGUCGAACGACGGAGAGUUGGUCUUGAGAACUUCCUGUUGCGUGUGGCCUCACAUGCUGGCCUCUCGAACGACAAAAUCUUCUUUCUCUUCCUCACAGAAGAGAAAGGAUGGAGGGACAUGGUGUUUGAGACAGGGUUUCAAGCUAAGGCUGACUCCAGGCUGAAAGCUCUAAGUGCCAUGUUCAGAGUUAAGAACCCAGACAAGAGAUUCACUGAGUUGAAGCACUACAGCGACGAACUCCAGGCCGUGGUUUCUCAGCUGCUCCGAGUGCGAGCGAGGGUGGCAGACCGACUGUAUGGGGUCUACAAGGUCCAUGGAAACUAUGGAAGAGUUUUUAGUGAGUGGAGCGCUAUAGAGAAGGAGAUGGGAGAUGGGCUACAGAGUGCUGGCCACCACAUGGACGCGUAUGCUGCAUCUGUGGAUGACAUUCUGGAGGAAGAGGAGCACUAUGCUGACCAGUUGAAGGAGUAUCUCUUCUACACAGAAGCACUAAAGGCAGUGUGCAGAAAACAUGAACUGAAUCAGUACGAGUUGGAGAUGGCAGCCCUGGAUCUCACCAGCAAGAAGCAGCAGAAAGAGGAGCUUGUCACUGGUACCGUGCGUACGUUCUCCCUGAAGGGGAUGACCAAUAAGCUGUUUGGUCAAGAGACAGCGGAGCAGAGGGAGGCCAGACUGCAACUUCUGGAACAGCAGAUAGACGAGGGGGAGGAGACUGUUAAAGAGAAGAAUGCAGAGUGCGAUGAGUUUGUGAAGGCGGCGUGGGUGGACAUUGAGCACUUCAAGCAGCAGAAGGACAGUGACCUGAAAGAGGCGCUCAUUAGCUACGCCAUCAUGCAGAUCAGCAUGUGCAAGAAGGGCAUACAGGUGUGGACCAAUGCCAAGGAGUGUUUCAACAAGAUGUGACCAACCAGACCAAUUAAAACCCAGAGUUUUUGAUCAAUCGAGCCUGCCCAGAAUGUCCAUUCAGACCCGUCAUUCAAGCAACUACUAAACUUUUGCUGAUUCAACCCAGUCUUUAAACCAACUAUACCACCAUUAUUAACCCAAACAGCCCCUCCUACUGGGAUGCACCAGACCACACUUUAGUUGGGAUUGGUGAGCUGAUAUUCUGUGGAAUGGGGGGAUUUUAUUUCGUAAAUGAACUGUUUUUGUAAAUUGAAUUGUCCAAAUAAGAAUUAUUGUUAAUAUUAUUUGCUGUCUUAUCAUGCCAAUUGCUGCCUAGAUCUUCCUGCAUGUAACCACAGUUGCAACUCAGACUGUAACAACACGCAUAAGGUUUUCAGUUAUAUUUUACAAAUGUACUUGGUCAGGUGCUAUGUUUUAAAGUACUGUUGUCUGACAUGAAUGGCAUUUUUUGAAGACGCAUUAGGUCCAUCCUAUUAGCCUUUCAAGAAACUCUUUCAUUCUGUCAGAUCAUUUGAGAAGGGGCAUCUCUGAAUGUGUUCUGACAGUUUUUGUAAAUCUUGUUGCAUUUGCUGGUGAGUUUUUCUAAGGUUUUAGAAUGGGUGUUUUGGCCUUUGCUCAUCAUUUGAGUGGCCCAGUUCACGGACUCAAUGUUUUUGUGGAUUGAACUUUAUCACCCAUGUGUCUCUGCUUUUCUGCAAAGUCAAGGCAAAUGCCUAUAGGGUGUGGACAGUCAAAUAAUUGACCAAACAGGAAGGUUACACAGGAAAGACACUGGAUGUAAUUUGCCAAUGUCACGUUUUCUAGCUCCAAGUGGCAGUAAGGGCCUGUGUUGAUCAAGGUUAAGCUUAUCCACCUGGAAACAGCCUAAAAGACAAAUCUGGCCCUUGAUGUUCUAUUUGGGACCAAGGCUUACUACUAUGCUACCUGACUGGCUCUGAGGUAGUGACAGGUGUCACGUGCCAUCAUACUCAAAAACUACGUUUUUACGAAGAUGUGUGAACAGUCAUGGAACUGUACUGUUUAAUACAUUUGUAAUAAUUAUGCCAAGACACUAAUAAAAUGAUCCAAGUAUA